UUUUUUCUUUUAAAGUUUCAACAUGAAGCUGUAUCUGUGCCUAUUGGUCCUAAGUUGGAGUACAUGCUUUGCCGCACCAGGCCUAGAUCCUGCUUUGGAUGAUCACUGGCAACUGUGGAAGACAUGGCAUAGCAAAAAAUACCAUGAGAAGGAGGAAGGAUGGAGGAGACUGGUAUGGGAGAAGAACCUAAAAAUGAUUGAAUUGCACAACCUUGACCACAGCAUGGGAAAACACAGCUACAGACUGGGAAUGAAUCACUUUGGAGACAUGACUAAUGAAGAGUUCAGGCAGGUGAUGAAUGGAUUCAAAAACAACAAAUCAAAAAGAAGGUAUACAGGAUCACAGUUUCUUGAACCAAACUUCUUUGAGGCACCAAGAUCUGUUGACUGGAGAGAGAAGGGAUAUGUAACUCCUGUGAAGGAUCAGGGAACGUGUGGCUCUUGCUGGGCUUUCAGCACAACUGGGGCCCUUGAAGGACAACACUUCCGCAAAACUGGCAAGCUGGUUUCUCUCAGUGAGCAAAACCUCAUUGACUGCUCUCGGCCUGAAGGAAAUGAGGGGUGCAACGGGGGCCUCAUGGAUCACGCUUUCCAGUACAUAGAAGACAAUGGAGGCAUUGACUCAGAGGAAUCCUACCCAUACAUUGCAAAGGAUGAUGAAGAUUGCUUGUAUAAGGCUGAAUACAAUGCUGCUAAUGACACUGGCUACGUUGACGUCCCAGAAGGGCAUGAAAGGGCCCUCAUGAAGGCAGUCGCUGCUGUGGGCCCCAUCUCUGUGGCUAUUGAUGCUGGUCACUCCUCUUUCCAGUUCUAUGAAUCGGGUAUUUAUUAUGAGCCACAAUGCAGUAGUGAAGAGCUGGAUCAUGGCGUUCUUGUAGUUGGGUAUGGCUUUGAAACUGCAGAUGAAGAUGGAAAGAAGUACUGGAUUGUUAAAAACAGCUGGAGUGAAAAGUGGGGUGACAAAGGAUAUAUCUACAUGGCUAAAGACCGAAAAAACCACUGUGGGAUAGCUACAGCGGCUAGCUAUCCUCUAGUAUAGUUAUGCAGAAGAGCUGUUGGAUCGCGCA